UUGUAUCAUUAGUCCACGCGCCAGUCUCUCUCUGUGGUCGCAUGUAGAUCAAGUAGUGUAUCUUACGGUCUUACAGUUACACUGUAAGCUUAGCGCCAUGGUGCAGUACAUCGUCGACGCCGAUAGGCGUUGCGCCUCGCAUCAACCGUAAUACCUCUUCUUGGCGAUUUUUCUGAAGCUGGGUUCUUGGUGGGAUCCUCCAUCGAAUAUCAGGUUAUUGCUGUUGUGCCAUUUGAUGUCAACUCUAUCUCGAACUUGCCAUCUUUGAGUCUGGCCAUUCCAACUCGUAUGCGUACUGGUCAUUCCAUAAGGUAUUCGGAGACGACCCCCAAAUGUCACGUGACUAGUCAGUGUGAGGGUGUAGAACUACUAGAAGGGGUUACCACAGAAGUGUGAUCUUUCUAGAAGACUGAAUGGAACAGAGAGACAGUACAGCCAAGGCAAGUGAUGUCCACACUGCAAGAGGCUGUGGGUGUUGCAGGUCAGCCGGAUUGCCAAGUAUCAGACACGGUCAGCCACAACUCCAGAAUGCCUGUAUCAUUACUGGCUUGUCAGGACAGCACAGUUUGUGACAGUGGCUCUGAGUCCAUGGGCUUCUCCGAUACUGACAAUGAGAUAGGUUCUAGCAUUAAGCAAACAUUACUGAACAUUAAGGCUCUUAAUGGCGAAGCCAACAGCAUUAGCAAGUCAAAGGGUCCUGCACAAACAGAAGAAGAAACUAAUGGUUUAACAACUUCAGAGAAGAAAGACAUGGUGUCUGAUUCAAACUCCUUGGUUGUGUUGUCUGAGGAGGACAGUCAACAAGAUGAUCAGGAUGACAAAAGGAGUGAGGAGGAGGAAGAGGAGGAGGAGGCGGGGAGGGAAAUUGAGGAUGAGAGGAUGCUGACUGUAGGAAAAGAGGAACUGUCAAGUGAGGCACCCGUAAAUGAAGAUGAGGAGUUUCGACUUCUCAUGGAUGUAGAUGAGGAGGAAGCCCAGGAUAAGAUCACUUUAAACGAGGAACAUGGCAUGGAUGUGGGUGAGCCUGACAGAGUUACCUCCCCUGUGUCUGACAAUGGCUCUUCACAAUCCAGCAUGCAGGCAGAGCAAGAUGUCAGCAGCAAACUCAGUGACUCGGAAUCUGUGUCUUCUGACUUCAGUCAGAGUAAAAAACACCCUUUAUUUAUUGGUAAAAAUGUGAAAUACUCUUUCAAAGGGAUCAUGGCAACGGCAGUGAAGCGAGUCAGUAAUGACUCUGAUUCUGUCCAGUCUCUGUCCCCUCGACCAGAGGAGAAUACCAAACCAGACAGUUCUGUAACCUCUGCUGGAUCUAAUUCUCUGUCCGAGGCCACAGAUUUACCUGCUGACUCCUCCACCAUGCCUGAUGAAAGGAACUUGUUUGAAAAACUCAGUUUUUUGACUGAUUCUGGGAAGGAAGAAACAGAUGUUGAUGUGGACCAGGAGUCGAGCUCCCAAAUAAGCAGUAGUAAAGGGAAUAAAGUAACGAGGGAAGAAAGUGGCAGUAAUGAGGAACAGUCAGAGAAGACUGACCCUUCAGCCUGUUCAGUAGAUGAGCCCAUGGAGACAGACUCCCCAAAGGCAGCCACGAAUGAUGACAGCUCCACAUUGUCUGCAGUCUCCAGUACAUCGGCAGAGCCCAAGGAGCAGUUGGGCUGUCCAGAGGGAAAGGUGACUAGUGAUAAGGACGCUUGUGAAAGCUCUCAGGAUAAUGGUACAAACAGUGAUCCAUCUGAUGAACGUUCUGUGUCACAGACCAGCAGAUUACCAUCGCAGUCACUUCUGGGUAAUAGUAGUGCAUUUUGUGAAGACAAGGCAGUGAAAUCUCAAGGAAAGUGUGAUGGGAGUGAAACAGGGGCCAUUGUAAAGGUGGAAAGUGACCAGAGACAUUCCAGGAGUGCUGAUGCAUCAGGUAGUAAAGACAGUGUAUGUGACAUUAAAGAUGCUAGCAAAGACCCAAAUUUAUUACAUAAAUUAAAAGAACCAAAGAUUGAACCUAGCUGGGAAGAACUCCCACCCAAGAGUGGGGUUGAGGCAAGGUGUGAAGAGUUGAAAACGGAAACCUCAGUGAAACAUUGUGUAGAAUCUGAAGAAAGUGAAUGCAGCGAUCGUAAACGUUGUGCUGUAGAGGAUUCUGAGCAUUCCAACCCCAAGCGAUCCCGCCUAGACCUUGUAAUUGGAAAAUUGGGCUCACAAAUAGGCAUUAGUCCAGAAAAUAUUAAAUGUGAUGAAAGUAUGUUUGAUUCUGACAUUGAAUCAGGCAAAACUUCCAGUGACUCGACAGAAAAUCGUUCAGAAGAAGUAACAAGUGAAGAUGAUGAAACUGUGUCAAAAGCCUCUUGUAAGCAACUGACAGAAGAGUCUUUAGAAGAAAUGAUUAAACAGAAAAUCAAAGAAGUUCUUGAACAACAGAAGGAAAUGUUAACAAAGCAGUUCCAAGAAAAAAUCAACGAGCUGCAAACGAGCAACGAGGCAUGGAAAAGUCAAGCCAAAGAAUUACAUAGGCGGGCUGUAGAGCUAAUGAGUCAUCAACAAAGACAGGAACGAAGGAGAGCUGUAAGGGUCUGUGGUCAGAGGAGAAAUGUAGGAAUUCAAGUUGGAGAAGACAGAAUAAACAGUGUAAAUCAACAGACUACCUCAAAAGUGGGUGUGGCUAGCCCUUCACGGACACUGUCCCAGGCUGCCCUGACAAACCCCACACCCAUUAGUCUGCUUACUUCCAAGCCUGUCCCUACUACUAUUGCUGGGGUGAACCAACCCCCAACCAACCAGGUGCUGGUUCAGAGGAUGCCAAUGCCAGCUUCUACGAUUCGAAAGGAUGCAGGAGCUCCUACUGUGAAGAGCAUUUUGAACAGCAAUAGGAUUGGCCAACUCAGUGGACCAUCUACACAGCCAGUAACACAGGCUGCUCUGACUUCACAGGUGAACAAAACAGGAGUCACCAAAGCUCCAGGCAGCCAGGCUAUUGGGACCACAGGACAGGCACAGGGAAUACAAACAUUGGUCAAGGUGAUAGAUUUAACUUCAGAUGAGGAGAACAACUCUGCUAAGGGAGGCUCACCUCGGUCAGUUGUUGGUCAGAGUUUACUGGGCCAGUCAAUGUUUCGUCCGGCCUCCAGCGCCUCCCUGCAGCCUGGCACUCGUAUCCUCUUAAGCCCGGGAACACGAGCACCAGGUGUGGCUAACCAGACAACUUUAACAACUUCCCAACCACGUCAGCCUGGAGUGCAGUACCAGUACUUGUAUACGCCCAAUAACCAAGCAGUUGGGACCAGUAAUGUGGUCACCCUGGUGUCGCCACCAUCAGGGAGUAGCAGUACGGGUGCGAGGCCUGCAGCCCCUGCACCCCCACAGCUCACACGACCCUCUCAGCCAGCUGUAUCCCGUCCCCCACAGGCCACGCCCUCUGUACAGGCUCCACCUCCACUACAGAGUUUACCAGCUAAGGCAGCAACCACCACUCCUGGAGUAGCAGUAAAAGACAAACAAGAGUCAAAGGAAGCUUCCUCAGAGGGUGAGAAAUCAAUGAGGAAAAGUCCUGAGCUGUCCAAACACCCAGCUCCUCUUCCACCUCCCCCAGCCAACCAGGACUCAAGCCCGAAGAAGAAAGCACUACCUCCUAAACCAGGCCUGAAAAUUUCUCGUGUCAGUCAAGGCAUUGUUCUCUCCUGGAAUAUGCUGACCUCGUCAAGCCAUGCUGAGAUCGCCAGUUACCAGCUAUUUGCCUACCAGGAAACCUCGGCACCUGUCUCUACCCUUCUCUGGAAAAAGGUUGGUGACGUGAAGGCACUGCCUUUGCCCAUGGCAUGCACACUCACCCAGUUUCAGGAGGGUAACAAGUACCACUUCGCUGUGAGGGCUGUAGAUGUUCAUGGUAGGAUGUCGGCAUUCAGCGACCCAAGCACUAUACACCUAGUCGUGCAGAACAGCAAAUAGUGCCUUCAUCAUCACAUUGUCAAGACUUGAUUGGUCACAGGGUCCGCCAGUCUCACUGGAUCAGAUCAAAUUAGAUCAGAUCAGACAACAGUUUUCUAAGGAUAUCAUAUCACAUUCUGUUCCAUUGUCACCAGGGCAUUUUCAUCGUAAUUUUAAACUAAUUUUAAGGGCGACCUCCCCUGAAUGAGAUAGGGUGUAUUGACGGCUGUUUAGUCAAUGCAAAAGUAGAAGAAAGUUUUUAAAAGUGCUGUCCUCGGAAAAGAAUCGUAUAAUAUGUGUUUGUGAGUAGUUUUAAUAUAUUUAUUAUCUUGUUUUUACAUGGACUUGUCUCGUCAUGGUGGCUGUUGUAAUGAAUUUGUCUGGCAAGGAACUUGUUAUAGUACUUUUGUCUGACAGACUGAUUGACAGCUUCUGCCUUUGUACUAUACCAGGGGUAUUAUUUCUGAAGAGAGAUGAGAAGGUAUGCUGUGUGACUGCUGACCAUAUGUGUUCUCAUUAUGAAUGGUGUACAUGUACAAGUCUCUGUAUGGCAGAAUCGUUUACAGAAGUAUUUUAUUCCAUUAAUGAGUGUUUCGUCAAGGUUCUCCAUUACAUUAAUGGACAAAAAUUGAGACAUGAUUAAAAAAUAUUUACGUGGAGGUUAGGAUUUGAGUGGUUUCUUACACAAAUGUGAGUGAACAAGUGGAAGUAGAAAGGUAUCAGAAAUUAUGAUAGAGGAGUGAUUUUGUUUUUUUUUAAUUUACCAAAAGUAGUUGUGGCAGAAUUAUUUGCUUUGUUGGUUUGUGUACCCAGGAUCCUGCAUAUCAUAAAGCUGUGGUAUUAUUCCUCAACUUAGGUUUAAACACUAUGCUAGACCAGAUGCUCCGUACGUGGGAAGGUCUGCCAGCAACCAGAUUGUCGUGGGUUUUCCCUGGGCUCUGUUGGGUUUCCUCCCACCAUAAUGCUGGCCGCCAUCUUGUAAGUGACAUAUUCUUGAGUACGGCAUAAAAAAACCCAUCAAAUAAAUAAA